AUGCCUGCUUACAACCUACAAGAGGUGGACUCGUUAGAAAUUCAGGUCGUCGUCAAUGACGAGGUUGACCAGUUCUCCCACAGCCCUAAUGCUCUGGUCCAGCAUAAGGGCUCUUUGGGAGGAAUCAAAACUGUUCCGAUCCCAGACCCAGAAUCCCGUGGCGGGGCUUCUGAAGAACUUAAAAUGAGCCAGAUAUGCUGUGGCGCUUUGGGCUUCUCGGCUGUCGUGACCGUGACAAAGGGUGAAUCUACACACACACUACUGUUCGACACUGGCCCAGAAGAGGAUGUAUGGGAGCGUAACUGCACUCGACUAGGUCUGGACGCAGGCGCGAUCGAGCACAUUCACUUGUCUCACUGGCACCGUGAUCACUCAGGAGGCAUGCUGAAGGCCAUAUCCAUUAUUAAUGGUCAGAAAGCGCCUUCCAAGCCUAAGGUUGUCGUUGACCUGCAUCCCGAUCGGCCGGCAUAUCGCGGCGUAAAGAGCCCAACGGGAGGUAUCAUUUCUCUAGAGGCAGACCCGAGUUUCAAUGCGAUAGAGGCCGCCGGCGCUGUGCUAGUGAAAAGCGACAAGGUUCACAGUAUUCUAGACGGCACCUUCCUUGUAUCUGGCGAGAUCCCACGUGUGACGGAUUAUGAAACCGGAAUGCAAAGAGCCGUCCGGUUCAUGCCUGAGACCAAAGAAUGGGUGACUGAUAUGGCAAUCACAGACGAGAGACUGGUGAUGUGCAACCUGAAAGGCAAAGGGCUUGUCGUUUUCACCGGCUGCAGCCAUGCGGGCGUGGUUAAUGUUGCGCGGCAUGCGAAGGAGCUGGGGAACGGCGCGCCGUUAUACAGCAUCGUGGGCGGAUACCAUCUGGCAGAUGCGGAUCCUGAGAAACGCAAGAAAUCAAUGGAUGACUUGAAGGCCCUCGACCCAAAGCUUUUGAUGCCUGGUCACUGCACGGGAUGGAAGUUCAAAAAUCUAAUCAGCCAAGAGCUCGGAUCGCGUUUGGUCCCAAUCUUUGCUGGGACGCACUAUACGCUUUGA